GUAUUGGCAUCCCUUCCUCUAUCAUCCCAUCCACCUCCCGUCCAUCCCGUCCACACAUCUUAUCUCUCUCCUCUCUUCCACCCAGCCAAAUAUUGUAUACACGACAUCAUCGCGACGUCGCCACCGCCGUGGCUUUGGAAUAAAAUUUUCAUCUCUCCUCCGACUCCAGCUGGUCCCGAACCCACCGCCUAACAACCUACCACCCACCCCCCCUUCUGGCCCCUCGUAUUCGCCCUAGCGAGAGGUUAUAUGAAAAGACGGAGAAAGGGGAAAGGAAGCAAGGAGGGGGAACCCGAGGACGACGCGCGUGAAUGAGAAAGGAGGAGGAUGAGAGCGCGAAGGCGAUGAUUCCUGGGAGGACCGCGUCAACAUGGACCCAGACACAAAUGCGCCCCUGGAGCGAUCGUCCUCGCAGCUCUCCAUAGCCUCGCCAUCCCCCAAGGGUCUCCGAGCCGGCCACUCGACCCGUGCCAAGUCCAAGCCUAAGAGGCUAAUCUCCCAGACCUCGAGCUCCGCUUCAUCCACUACCGCUUCCGACAAGUCUCUGACCUCCUUCCCCUCCUUCUCUCCUCAGUCGCCGCGAUACGAACCCGCCUUUACCACUCCCGAGUCUCGUCCCGCCGUCGCUGUCAGUGCGAACAGGAAAGCUACCAGCGUCCCCGCCAAGGCCCCCACCGUCGAGAACUUACCCUUCGAGGCCCAGCAGGCCGCGCGCAAUGCGCUGUUCGAUGAUACGCCCCUUCCUACCCAGAAGAUCCCCGGCGCCCUCCACCAUGCCGGUGACGACCACAUCGAACGUCUGAUCGCGAAGCAUGGCGCCGUCAGCCUCGUUCGUCAGGUCGCCGAGGACUUGGCCCACCGCGACCACCAGAUGGCCAAGAUGAGGAGGAGGGCAGACGAGAGAGAGCGGGCGCUGCGAAAAAUAAUACUGGGGUGCGGUCUGUCGAGUCUGGACCUCGAGACAAAGCUCCGGGAAGUCGAGGCGGACCUCCAAGCACAAGAAAAGUCCAAAUGCACCCAGGACGGCGAUAUUUCGGGCAUGAUGAGCGAUGCAAUACACGAUUCCAUGUCCUACAACGCGCUGGGCAUCAACGUUUUGGACGGCGGCACGCUGAGGGCGAGUAGCAUGCCUAUGCUAAAGGAGAAUAAUAUGAACAAGGGCGCUAUGAAGGCUUGGAAGGACUACCUCUGGGGUGGUGGCACGAGCAGGAAGACUAGCAGACCGGCUAGUAUCAACGAAGACGCUAUGAAGACCGCCAUCCGCGCGCCCACGCCCGGAGAUCGCCGGCCUCCUCUCCAAGAAGACCUAUUUGUGCCUCCCCCGGAUGCGGAAUCUACUCGAAAUUCUAGUCGCGCCUCGAGCAUCCACUCCGGUAACGCGCCAAGGAAGCCGUCGUCGUCUUUUGCUAGCAUGGCUCUGCAGCUCGUGGCUGGGAAGGCAUCUUCUGUCCGCGAUUCCGAAUCGGUUAGGGGACGGUCGAAUUCGGCGGGCCAAGGAGACUCGGUACGGUCGUCCUCGAAUGCCAGCUCUAGGACGGGCCGUUCGAACCGCGCGGCUUCCACGCAAGCCGGGAGCAAAGCACUCAUCGCGAUGCGACGGGGAACCCCCAAACCUGCGGGUUUGGCGGCAAACACGCGGCCACGGGAUCGGUGGGACGGGACCAACUCUGAGGGUCCGUCCGCUAUAAGGUCAGAUAACUCCGGACCAGUCGAGAUGGAUACUAUAUUCUCUCCCGAAGGCCAGCCGCCGGCGCUCUCACAGCUCUACAACAACUACGGUAGCCCGGAAUACCUGAUAGAUCGUUUCGGGUUCAUCUACGACCAGCGCCGGAAAAAGCGGCAACGCGAGGCGGCCCAGGUCGCGCUCCAGAUGAAGAAGGGGCACGAGAUGCUCUCCGGCGGAAGGUCCAGCCUCUCCCCUAAUUUGCUCGACGACGGCGCAAGCUCGAUACAGGAUGCUGAAAUCGACGAUAUCUCGGAGUGCCCGACACCAGGCGAGGAUGCUGUCGACCAGAGCAAGCCGAAACGAUGGCAAGACUACCUCAAGAUUGCUACGUUCCCGACGGAGCUGCUAUCGCACACCCCUUCCAUCAUGGCCCCGGCCAUCGAGGUCCUCGAGGGAAAUGGACUACCCAAGUCCCCAAGUCUAAUCACCUCGGACGACCGCGGUUUUGUACCGGCCCCGGGUACUAUUGCGGUUCUAGAUAGAAAAUCGAGCCCGAAGCCGGAGGACGAGCCAGCCUGCGCCACUCUCGUUCACGAAGAUGUCGAGCCCGUGAAGCUUCUGCUGAAGCAGUUGAGUGACGUCCACGACGCCCUCCAGAGGGAGAAGGCCGUUCGCUGGAACGAGUUCCUGCGAAAAGUGCGCGCGGAGCGCCGCCGCGAGGGCGAAGCCGCGGCUGCCACCGCCGCGGCCGCCGCCGAGGCGCGCUUCCAGCUGGCGCCGGUGAUGAUUCCGGAAGCCAAGCUCAACGACGGCGAGACGAUCGGGAUCGCGGACCUCGGCGUCAAGGGCAAGGUCGGGCGCGCGAAGUGGAACGAAUUCCGAAACCUGGUGCUCGGCGGGAUCCCCGUGGUGAAUCGGCCCAAGAUCUGGUCGGAAUGCUCGGGCGCGCUGUCGAGGAAAACACCGGGCUAUUACACCGAUCUCGUCUCGCGCCCCAGCGAGGCCGACGACAUGGUGGUGAUCUCUCAGAUCGACAUGGACAUCACCCGCACGCUGACCGACAACAUAUUCUUUCGCAAGGGGCCCGGCGUGUCUAAGCUUAGCCAGGUGCUGCGCGCGUACGCGAGGCACAACCCCGAGGUGGGAUACUGCCAGGGCAUGAACCUGAUCGCGGCCAACCUGCUGCUCGUCAUGCCGUCGGCCGAGGACGCGUUCUGGGUCUUCGUCUGCAUCGUGGAGCGCAUCCUGCCGGAGGGGUACUACGACCACAGCCUGAUGGCGUCGCGAGCGGACCAGCACGUGCUGCGGGAGUACGUGCGGCAGGUGCUGCCGAAGCUGUCGCAGCACCUGGACGCGCUGUGCAUCGAGCUGGAGGCGCUGACGUUCCAGUGGUUCCUGAGCGUGUUCACGGACUGCCUGUCGGCGGAGGCGCUGUUCCGGGUGUGGGACGUGGUGCUGUGCAUCAACGACGGCAGCACGUUCCUGUUCCAGGUGGCGCUGGCGCUGCUGAAGCUGAACGAGCGGGCGCUGCUGGCGUGCGCGUCGCCGGCGGCGGCGUACACGUACAUCAACCACCAGAUGACGAACCACGCGAUCAGCAUCGACGGGCUGAUCCAGGCGUCGGAGGGCCUGCGGCGGCUCGUGCUGCGCGAGGAGGUCGAGGACCGCCGCGCCCGCGCCAUCGAGGCGGACAAGCAGACGGCGCGCGAGCGCGAGGAGCGCAACGCCCUGCGCCGCCAGAACAACAGCCUCGCCAAGACCCAGAGCCGCAACGCCCAGAAGGAGGCGCUGCUGCUACCGCCGCCGCAGGAAGACGACGAGCACGAGAGCGGCGCGCCCCUCAACGGCAACGGCAACGGCAACGGCGGGCCCAGGCUAGAACCGAACCGGGACGACUACGACGACGACUACGACGACCUCGGCGCCGGGCUGACGGACGGCAUGCGGACCCCGAUCCCGACGGAGGAGGAGGCGAGCUUCGGGCUCGGAUAGGGCCUUGUGCGGGUACGGGGCGGAGACGGGUGGAUGGAUGGAUGGGCGGGAGGUAGGGAAGAAUGCAGCCCGACGGAGGGACAGGAGCAACGGCGAAUCGAGUCGAGAAACAGCCCGGCUGCACCAUGGGGCUACGUAGCCAUCUCCCUUUUUGUGUGUGUCUCUUUUGUUUCUGUUUUCGGGGGGAGUAGCGGCGCAGAUGAGAAAAGGGGGUUUAGAGACGGAAAUACGGAAGGGGGUACACCCCUCCUCCCGCGGGUCCCGUCACCACGGUCUUCUCCCGCCCGUUCAUACACACGCGCCCAUAUCAGAGGCUGGAGCGGCAGGCAGAUCCAGGGGGACGGCCGGCCGGCUGUCCUGUCUUUUCUUGCAUGCCUAUUUUUCCUUUCUUUUUUGCCGUCCUCCUGUUUUUGCAGCAGCUAGGGGGGGCUUUCUUUUGUCGGUUGUCUGCUUUUCAUAGAUUGGACCGUCCAUGCGUGUCAUGAUACCCCCUCCCCCGAGAGCAGUAGAAACCCCCCCCCUUCCUUCGUGUUUCUGUAGCGAAUACAGCCGUAAUCGUA